AUGAGGAAAACAAAUCAUAAACGUAGUCCUUCAGUUGAUCAUAGGAAAGUAAGUUCAAGCGAUGAGAGUUCAUUUAGUUUAAAUAGUUUUGUUAUCACACCCCCAGAUUCUCCUAAUAGUAUUCAUACUCCCCUGUUUAAUAAACGAAUUAUAGAUUUGGAUGAAGUUACUAAGAAGAGUCUGGAAUACCAAAGGAAGUUGUCUGAUUUUUCGUUGGAAAGACUUUCAGAUAGACCCAGUGUAACGAAGAUUUCGGAGUUCCCUCAUCGGAGUGGCAGAUUAUCUAUAAGAAGAUCACUUUCUGAUAGUAGUGCUAUUGAUCCCUGUAGUUAUCAGGAAGGAGGAGAUGAACCAAUUAUAUCGUUGGGUGAUAUUCUAAAAGAAGAUAUACGAUACCAUUCGACGGAAUUAAAACGGAUUCCAAGUUUACCUGAUAGUAGCAAUCAGCUUCUUCGGAAAUAUUCUACUGUGAGAGAACGUUGA